AUAUCCGGGAUUGUGGGGUGAGUUGCAGCAGCGGCAGCUGCACAUGUGGGUUUGUUUAUAAGAACGAGGUUAGAAACUCGCAGGCCUCCCCCUCCCCCCAGCUCCUCCCCGCUACCCCCUUACGGGCCGGAGACGUGCUGCGGGGCGGUGGGAAGGAGUGUGUGCUUGUGACGGUGGUGGGGGACAGGUAGCGCGAGGAGGAUGGAGGGGGGGGUUCUCGCACCUCCCCGGCCGCGCCGGAGGAAGCUGCAGCUGGAACAGCUGGCCAGGGAGCCGCCUGCAUGCCUCUGGGGGGGUUUUCUUUUGCUUUUUAAAAUUCCCCUCUACCUUCCAUCACCUCAGCCGGCCCCUGCCGCCCUGGUAACCCUCCCCCAUUCACUGCAGCUCGGCGCGGCCUGGCGGGGGACGCGCGGGUCCCCGCGGGCAGCCCCUGGGGCGGGAAGGAGGCGAGCGCGGCCCCGCGGCGGGGCAGCCUGGGUUCCUCGCCGGAGCGGGCCCCGGGGUCCCUGGGGGAGCCUGGAAACACAUCUUUUUUUAAUUUAAUGGCCAGUUGCUGCAGUCGGAGGGGGAGCGGGGGAGGAGGACAGGCCGCCCCCACCCGCCCGCUCUCCGUCGGGCGCCGCUGGCCGCGCGGGGCUCACGCCCCGGCCCCGGCGCCUCCCUCCGUCUAGGGCCGACGGUCCUUAGGAGGGCGAGGGGGAACGGUACAUUAUCUCCAGAGGCGGUGGGAGGGAUUUGUCACCGGAAGUGAACGAGCCUAGCCUCAAGUCCGGACCAACCCGAGGGUGCUAGUGGGCAGCCCAGGCCGCGCAGUCCCUGGCAGGAGCCCAGGGCGGCAGCCGCGGACGGCUCGGCUGGCGUCCUCGAGCGCUGCCUGCAGCCACCGGGCCGUCUGGACCCGGGCGGCCCGAGCAUCUCUCGGCUGCAGGCCCAUCCUCCACCCUGGCUGCCAACCUCCAUUUUUGUUUUUUAAUUGGGAUUUUUUUUUAAUCUGCCCCCCCAAAAAAAAAUACUCGCUUGAAAUUUUACCCAUAUAUCUGCGUUUUCCCGCAGAGAAAAAUGGGGAUAAAACGAGAGCCAUUCAGUUAAGUUGGAAUUAAGUCCAAAGCCUCCUUUCCAUUAAAAAAAAAAAAAAAAAAUCCAAGCCUCAAGCACAAAUUCUUGAUUGAAGAGAGAAUAUUCUUCCACUACUGUGUCAGGACAGGUGUCACUGGGUGGCAAAUUCCCUGCUGGGUGGAGGGCGAGGGAGGGUCACGUGGUCGCGUGUUCAUGUUUGUGUACCUGAUGUCACAUUGCUGAUAGAAAAAGAACCACCGAUGGUCACUGGGCUAGCUGUGCAGGCUUUCUAUUUUCGUUAGUUUUGUUUCCUGGGCAAGAUAAAUGAGACUUUUUUUUCCCUUCUACUUUUUAAAAGCGCUUUUAUUUCACAAAAGUAUGAACUUGAGACUAUUGUGAUAUAGCUGAUGACUUUCUUCAGGUUACCCAGAGGAAUCUGAUAGCUGCUUUCUCUUUCACGAAAGCAUUCUGCUUCCUGAAUGAUCACGUGACUGACUGCUACUCUCCUGUGCCAUCCCCCAUCCUCUUGGGUGCCUGGAGUGGAAGUGCCUAAGAGAGAGGCGAGAACCGAAGUUUGAGGCAGACGGGCGGGCGAGCCGUUCGCCCGGGCGCAGAGCAUGAAGGCCGGGCGGGCGCGGGGAGCGGGCGCCCGCCGCCCGGCGCGGGGGUGAGCGAGAGAGAGAGCGGAGCGCGUGUGGCCGGCGCCGCUCGGCCUGGAGCUCCCGCGCCCGCGCCCCGCGCCCCGCGCCCGCCGCCGCCGCCGCCGCCGCCCCUGGUGCGAUGGCGCAGAAACCCCGUUGACAAGGCACUGCUUUUUCAUGACGUUGUCAUGGAUGAUGAUGAUGACUCGUGUCUCCUUGAUCUUAUCGGAGACCCACAAGCAUUGAACUAUUUUCUACACGGACCUAGUAAUAAAUCGAGCAGCGAUGACUUGACGAGUGCAGGAUAUUCUGCAGCCAAUUCAAAUUCAAUUUUCGCCAACUCCACGAAUGCCGACCCUAAGUCGUCCCUCAAAGGCGUAAGUAACCAGCUCGGAGAAGGGCCCAGUGAUGGACUGCCGCUUUCAAGUAGCCUUCAGUUUCUUGAAGAUGAACUUGAGUCUUCUCCUCUCCCUGAUCUCAGCGAGGACCAACCCUUUGACAUCCUCCAGAAAUCCUUGCAGGAGGCUAAUAUCACUGAACAGACGCUGGCAGAAGAGGCAUAUCUGGACGCCAGUAUAGGCUCAAGCCAACAGUUUGCACAAGCCCAGCUUCAUCCUUCUUCAUCAGCAUCCUUUACUCAGGCUUCUAAUGUUUCUAAUUACUCAGGUCAGACACUGCAGCCUAUCGGGGUGACUCACGUGCCUGUGGGAGCAUCAUUUGCAAGCAAUACAGUGGGUGUGCAACAUGGCUUUAUGCAACACGUGGGGAUCAGUGUUCCCAGCCAGCAUUUGCCUAACAGCAGCCAGAUUAGUGGCUCUGGUCAGAUACAGUUAAUCGGGUCAUUUGGUAAUCAGCCUUCCAUGAUGACUAUUAAUAACCUAGAUGGCUCUCAAAUCAUAUUAAAAGGCAGCGGGCAGCAAGCCCCAUCCAAUGUGAGUGGAGGCCUUCUGGUUCACAGACAGACUCCUAAUGGCAACUCUUUGUUUGGGAACUCCGCGUCCAGCCCGGUAGCACAGCCUGUCACCGUUCCGUUUAACAGCACAAAUUUCCAGGCAUCUUUACCUGUGCAUAACAUCAUCAUCCAGAGGGGUCUCGCACCAAAUUCAAAUAAAGUCCCAGUUAAUAUCCAGCCAAAGCCGAUCCAGAUGGGUCAGCAGAGUGCAUACAACGUGAACAGCCUGGGAAUCCAGCAGCACCACGUGCAGCAAGGCAUCUCCUUUGCUUCCGCAAGCUCGCCCCAGGGCUCCGUGGUGGCUCCACACAUGUCUGUGAACAUUGUCAACCAACAGAACACGAGAAAGCCUGUCACCUCCCAGGCAGUGAGCAGCACAGGGGGCAGUAUUGUCAUUCACUCCCCCAUGGGCCAGCCUCACACCCCCCAAAGUCAGUUUCUUAUACCUACAAGCCUUUCCGUCAGCUCCAACUCGGUACACCACGUCCAGACCAUAAAUGGGCAACUUCUUCAGACUCAGCCCUCUCAGCUCAUCUCUGGCCAAGUGGCCUCAGAGCAUGUCAUGUUGAAUAGGAAUUCUUCUAACAUGCUCAGGACCAACACACCGUAUUCUGGACAGAUGCUUAACAACCAGAAUACCGCCGUCCAGUUGGUGUCUGGGCAGACUUUCGCCACCUCUGGAAGCCCGGUGAUAGUCAACCACGCCUCCCCUCAGAUUGUCGGAGGACAGAUGCCCUUGCAGCAGGCCUCCCCAACCGUGUUACACCUGUCCCCCGGGCAGAGCGGUGUUUCCCAGGGACGGCCAGGCUUCAGCACCAUGCCCUCAGUGACCAGCAUGUCAGGGCCUGCUCGCUUCCCUGCCGUCAGCUCGGCCAGCACUGCCCAUCCUAGUCUUGGGUCUACAGUGCAGUCUGGGACAUCGGGAGCCAACUUUACGGGAGACCAGCUGGCACAACCAAACAGGACUCCAGUCCCCGUCAGCGCGUCCCACCGUCUUCCGGUGUCGUCUUCCAAAUCUCCCAGCACUCUGAGCAGCACUGCGGGAGCUCAGCAGCAGUUCUUCAGUCAGGCUCAGAAAAAGUGUUUGAACCAGACCUCCCCUAUUCCCGCAUCCAAGACCACAGAAGGUCUGAGGCAAUCACAGAUCCCUGGGCUCUUGAGCACAGCACUGCCAGGACAGGAUUCUGGAAGCAAGGUUAUGCCAGCGUCCUUGGGGACCGCACAGCCACAGCAGGAAACCACAGUUGGGUCGUCGCCUAGCCAGACAUCUGUGCAGGUGGACAGUCAUUCGGGACAGAAGAGGCCAGCCGCCAAGCAGCUGACUAAGGGAGCGUUCAUCCUCCAGCAGUUACAGAGGGACCAAGCCCACGCUGUGACACCCGACAAGAGCCAGUUCCGUUCACUCAGUGACACAGUGCAGAGACUGCUCUCCUACCACGUGUGCCAGGGCUCCAUGCCCACCGAGGAAGACCUGAGGAAAGUGGAUGAUGAAUUUGAAGAAGUUGCCACUCAGCUCCUCAAAAGGACCCAAGCUAUGCUGAACAAAUACAGAUUCUUGCUCCUAGAAGACGCCAUGAGGAUCAGUCCCUCUGCUGAGGUGGUGAUGAUUGACAGGAUGUUCAACCAGGAGGAAAGAGCUUCCCUGUCUCGGGACAAGCGCCUGGCGCUUGUAGAUCCUGAGGGUUUUCAGGCCGAUUUCUGUUGUUCCUUCAAACUUGACGAGGCUGCACCUGAGACACCACUGGACAGGAGUGACCAGCAUCGCGGCAAAACCAGCUCGCUCCAUCAGGCACCCAGGGCCCCAAGCAGAGACCGAGCCAAGCCAGGCAUGGCAGAAGCAACAAAUCAUGACCAGUUUCAUCUAGUGCCUAACCACAUCGUGGUCUCUGCAGAGGGAAACAUUUCUAAAAAGUCAGAAGGCCACAGUAGAACACUGAAAUUUGACAAAGGGGGCUUAGGCCAAUACCGGGGUACGCCUGAGGACAAGGGCGGCCGGAGGGACCCCGCCAAGGUCAGUGGGUGCUCUCCGGGCCCCGAGGGCCACCGCAAGACCUUGCCCAGGUCGGAUCAUGGCUCUGAGAGCAAGCUCCCGGGCAUCCUGGCCAGCUCGCACCUGGAGAUGCCAUGCCUCGACUCCUUCCAGGACAAAGCCCUGAGGAAUUCCCCAAAGAAUGAGGUUUUACACACAGACAUCAUGAAAGGCUCGGGUGAGCCCCAGCCGGAUCUCCAGCUCACCAAGAGCCUAGAGAAAACCUUUAAGAACAUCCUGGAACUCAAGAAUGCGGGGCGGCCGCAGAGCGAGCCCGUGGCCAGCGGCGCCGUGGACCUGGACUUCCCCAGCUUUUCUCCCAUGGCUUCGCAGGAAAGCUGCCUGGAAAAGUUCAUCCCGGACCACAGUGAAGGAGCUGUGGAAACGGACUCCAUUUUAGAAGCAGCUGUAAAUAGUAUCCUCGAGUGUUGAUACAGCCGUCUCCCCCAGACCCCGCCCGGACCAGUCCCGCUCUCCCCCGCAAAGCAAACGGAAACGUCUCCUGUCUCCAGCCUGCUCGGUCCUCCGUCACAGGUUAUUCUUUCUAAUCUCGAGCCUGUUCUUUUGAAGAGCAAUAUACGUCGUCGCGGCUGCAGGGAGACCCCUCAGCAAACCACCUCUCUCUAGAAAGCAGUCCGAUUGGCCCUACACAUUUCAAGUGUUAUGAAAGUGCUUAUGGCCAUUGUCGUUCGUUUAUCUGUUUCGUGGUUUGGUUUUUUUUUUAGCACUGUCACUCGAUGAGACCACAGUACACUUGGCCCUGGGUAAAAUUUUGACAAUCAUAAGUCAUUUCAAAAGAACAGACUUAUUAAAGAAAAAUCAAACAGGCCUGAUAGAAGCUACUUUUUUAAAGAAUUUCUCACUGCAGCUCCAAAGUAGUGACUUGGUUUUGUUUGGGGUCGGGGGGAGUUUGUUUGGGGAAAACCACAUGACUCUCCUCCAUGCUCAGCCCUCCGAGCAGUGGAUAGCCUGUAGCUCUGCCUGGAACACCCCAGCCCUGGCCUAAGACGCCCAAGCACAGACACAGCAUUUGUAGGCUUCCCUCUUGACAUCCGAGUGCUUAUGUGAUGCUGCCGAAGCGAAACCUGUCUAGUUUAGCUUAGUUUUGUUUUUUUCUUUUUAGCACAUCCAUGUUGAAUUCUGUCUGGGAAUACUCUGUUCUUAGUCCCAGGUAGACAGCUUGAAAUUCUCACAAGCUGUUCAAGGCAGCGAGCUGGGGAGGCUGUGAGCCGCCAGGGGGCUCCGUGUGCGCAGCUUCGGUUUAGCAUCGGGUGAAGUCAACAUACCCUGUUCGUUGCUGUUGCUGAACUCUGUUUCCUUUCACCUCCUGUGUCCUCUCCCUCAGCGAAUAGCCAAGCAUCAAAAGUGCUCUCACUGGAAAACUGCUGUAGUCUUUCCGCUUAAACUCCUUAAGGGACUCUGGCCUUGUUUAUGCUUCCUGUGUCUGAGAAUAGUGGUCAACACUGCAUCAGUCAUUCCCAAACACACUAAACCAAAGGUAGCAGCAUCCUGGAAGGAGAGGGCUGAGGCAGGAGAGGCAGAGCACACCCGCCCGCCUUGUGGGUGGCCCUCAGUCACAGUAGCGAGCCUCCCUCUGUGUUUAUUUAGCAUCCGUUCCCCACUUUUCCCUCCUCGUGUGCCUGUCCCAGGACAUGGUGUCUCUGUUGCUACUUCAUGUCAUAGUGACCGUUGCUGGGAAGCCAGGUCAUGGUGCUGUGUGUGCACACCCCCUCCCGCCACCCCCCCCCCCACCUCUCUGACGCUCUGAGCUCUGGAGGUCGCUUUAGCCACUGUCAGGGCUUGCUCCCUCUUCAUCCCUCUGGCUGUACAGAUGCGUCCAUUGAUUUCCUCCUCAUUAUAUCCCCCAGAUACAGCUGUCCCUGUGGUCAUCAUGUUGAGUGUUUCCUGUCCAGACUGGCCUGCAAUGGAAACGAAGGUUUUUUAUUUUUUAUUUUUUUUCCAAAUAACACAGCAACAAUCUAGGCAUGUUGGCACACACCUGUAAUCCCAGCAGUCAGGUGGCUGAGGCAGGAGAGUCAUGAGUUCCAGGCCAGCUUGGGCUACCAAACACACCCUUGUCUCAAAAACAAAGCAAAACAAAACAAAACAAAAAUGAGAAAACAGCAGACUGUAUGGACCUUUGCUACCCGUCUGUCCACUACAUAAAGAAACCCGUGAAACAGCCAGUCUUUGAGAGCAGUGUACCUUCUCCCGACGGCCCAGCCAAUCGAAGUAGAAAACCUGGGCUGCCUUAGGGUCACCCCAUUUUCCCUUCUCUGUGCCAAUGCCCGAGUUGCCGCCUUCCUUCCUGUGUUACAACACAUUAGAAAGAUGAUGUUGCCAGUUAGAACUCUCUGUUCGGCUGCCCUGGGGUAGCGGCCCACCCCACCCCUCCCCUUAGAGCUUCAUGGUCACCUCAUUCAAGAUGGCCCCUGGACGCCUGCACAUGGCUACUAACGAGUUACCUUAAUAUUGCAAAUCAGUGGAAUUCUUAAGAGACGAGAAAGGUCUCCUGUAGGUUGUUACCUCUCCCCUCCCCCCUCCAUCCCUAGCCCUGGCUUUCCGUGCGUCAAACUGUGGGCUCCUAAGCCCUGACGUUGCUCCCACAAAUGGAAAGCCUACCGUACCAAAAUGAAACUUGUAAAUUUUGUGUCCUUGUAUGUAAGUUGACUUUUUACGGAGGGAAGACUCUAGAUAAUGACAAAUGAAGAUUACAGAUGUGUUUUACCCCUGUGAUUAGGUUACACAUGGGUCAUGACUCAUGUACCAGCCCCCACUGGUGAAGGAAGCGCUCCGCCUCAGGGGCCAGCGGUCGGUGGUUCAGGUUCGUCAGUCAGUUGGGUUCUAGAACUCGUGCCCAGUAACAAAAAUCAUUUCCCCUUUUGUUUUUAAUCUGUUUGUUGUUGUGGAAAAGUAUGAAUUUGUUAUUACGCAUUGAUUUUCUGUGUCCUUAAGUACUGCCUAAAGAUGAAGCAAAUUUUGAACUGGCAAUUACGAAAAGGAAAUCCUUUAGCUCUGGAGAUUUUAGUAGACUCUGUUAGAUUAGGGAGGCCUCACAGGCUGGCCGGCUCAGAGGACGGUCACUCGCUGUCAGUGUGGUGUGGGCUUUAUUUGCUUAAAUACCUUCAUUUGUAUAGUAUGUCUCACUUGAAAUUGCUUUGUAUACAUUUUGUAAAAAUAUUUAUAAAAUGUUUUGUAAAAAAAAAAAAAAGUAUAACAAAUUGCAGUUUAUUUUGUUAUGUUGGAUAAAUACUGUUAAACCAGUCAGUACCUAUAUUGUUAAUCCAUGGUUAGGAAAUGUUCAGUUGGAGAUUACAAAAUGAAACAACCAUUGCAAUACAGCCAAAGAUUUGGGAAAA